AGUUGGAAAAGAAUUUGAACUUUGUACGAAACUCGAAUCUUUGACUUCUCUGUGCCAACCACGAAGUUUGAUUGGGAGAGAGUGGCAGAAUAUCGUCAUCAUCAGCCAAAAUAAUUGCGUUCUACAGAAUCAUCCUUCGAGAUUCCAGCCAUGUGCGUGGAUUUCCACAGUUUCCCUUUUGCUGGCCCCAGUCCAUUUACAGUUAACCAAUUUUCUUCUCCACGAUAAGAGGAAUCGACGUAUUUCCAACGACUCCAUGGUUUCUUUCAAUCCGUUUCCCCCAAUUUUUGAAAUGGCAGUGGUUCUGUUCGUGGUUUGAUUCGUUUGAAGCGUUCCCAAAGUCCACUGCGAUUAGAGUACUGGACGUUUAAUGCGAUUGGAUUUCUUUGGCAUUUCAUCAUUUAUUGACUAUAUAAUCAGAGUGUGGAUUAAUAUAUUCUUGGAGGUUUAGAACAUGUAUGUGGUCGAGAGUAAAGGAGGUGCUAUAGCAUGUAUGCUGUUGGCACUUCUUUUUUUGGGAACAUGGCCUGCACUCUUGACUCUCCUUGAACGACGGGGGCGUCUUCCUCAGCAUACUUACCUCGACUACUCGAUUACGAAUUUAUUGGCUGCUGUGAUUAUUGCUUUUACUUUUGGUGAGAUUGGAAAGAGUUCACAUGAUAGUCCAAAUUUUAUCCAACAGCUUUCUCAGGAUAAUUGGCCUUCUGUCAUGUUUGCAAUGGCUGGUGGUAUAGUACUGAGUCUUGGGAAUCUUUCUACUCAGUACGCUUGGGCUUUUGUUGGUCUAUCAGUUACAGAAGUGAUCACUUCAAGUAUUACAGUUGUUAUAGGUACAACCUUGAACUACUUUCUUGAUGACAAAAUUAAUAAAGCCGAGAUACUUUUCCCUGGUGUUGCUUGCUUUUUGAUUGCGGUGUGUCUUGGCUCUGCUGUUCACUCAUCCAACACAGCAGAUAACAAAGCAAAACUGUCUGCUGAUACGAAAAAAUGGUCAAAGACAACUGAUGUCCCUUCUAUUUCGAGCAAGGACUUGGAAAGUGCCGAUUAUUCUUCGCAAAAGGCAAAGGCUGGGACUGCAGACUUUCUUGUUCAGCUUGAGAACAGAAGAUCCAUCAAGGUGUUUGGUAAGAGCACAUUAAUUGGACUGUCCAUAACUUUCUUUGCUGGUGUUUGCUUUUCUCUCUUCUCACCGGCAUUCAAUUUGGCCACAAACGAUCAAUGGCACACUCUAAAAGAAGGCGUUCCGCACCUGGAUGUCUAUACGGCAUUUUUCUACUUCUCAGUCUCUUGUUUUGUCAUAGCCAUCGUUCUUAACGUCAUCUUCCUUUACCGCCCUGUACUUAACUUACCGAAAACAACAUUCAAGGCAUAUCUGAAUGACUGGAAUGGUAGAGGAUGGGCCUUCUUGGCUGGAUUCCUGUGUGGGUUUGGCAAUGGUCUGCAGUUCAUGGGUGGUCAAGCUGCUGGAUAUGCAGCAGCAGAUGCUGUGCAGGCGCUUCCACUCGUUAGCACGUUUUGGGGAAUUCUCCUGUUUGGCGAAUACCGUAGAUCGUCGAAGAAAACGUAUGUGUUGCUCAUCAGCAUGUUGUUUAUGUUUAUGGUGGCUGUUGGGAUCCUAAUGGCUUCAUCAGGACAUAGAAAUAGAAAUGAGAGUAGUGCUACAAAAUCUUCUGGAUAACUGUGUGAAAACACAUCUUUUUUAACCAGUUAGAAGGCAAUCACAGCUGCUCAUAUAUUGUAGAAAUUGUUUCUUGUAGAGUAAUAAUGUUUUGGAAACUUCCGUAUGUAUACACAGUUUAUUCACAUAAAAGGGAUUGGUUUCCUAUUUGUACCCAAAAUAUGAAAAGAUUUGCAUGGACGAUUAUUUUGAAACAUUUUUCAAUGCAAUGAAGUAUAUAUUUGACGCUUGGCGAUGA